AUGGAGACAUCGCAGGCCCUGGCGUCGGUUCUAGACUUUCUGUGCAAGUGGAAGCGUCUUGAAUGGCUGCGAUCAACCGAGGGGUUGAAACGAGACGCCAUGGAGUCAGCGUUGAACAAGUGUGUAAUCGGGUUUGCGGAUAUUCAGAUCUUCACCGGUCUCGCCAUUCUCAUAAGUGGAUUUGCCAUGCUCCCUCGCGGCCUGUCAUCUUAUCACUGGCAGAUCGUUGUUCAGUUGGCGUGGUUUUCAUCCCUUACCCACCUUUCCAUGCUCUCGUUCUUGCGCAACUACCUCAAAAACCGUCCCCUAGAAAUGUGGAUACGGAUCUUUUUCACGUUGGUGUUGGCCGUGAUGCUGAUGGCCGGAUUCGGCAUCAGCGGCCACUUCGACUGGGACACGGAUGAUAACGGGCCCUCACAGUAUGCCGAUUGUUACCGACGCCUUACGGCUACACGAUCCGCUGAAGAAAAUGACUGGACCUUCGGUCAGGUGUUCCCACUCAUCCUCGUCGCGGCACCACUUACCUCGAUGGUGAAGAGCUUUUCUGGAGUGACAGAUGUUUCAACCAAGGCGACCCAGGGAACUCCAAGACUAUCUGCGGACGGAGACCUCACUAUACCACCACCAACAAACCAAAACGAGCCCAAACGGGACACGAAUACCCAAGAUGGCGAACAAGAGCCUAUUCCCCUCGAACGAACUGCGACGCCCACCCCGUACGCCGACCCUCUCGAACUAGAGGAUCCACGCGAAGGAGUCGAGCAGAAGUAUAGCAGCUAUACUCAAAAUUCGGCCGUCUUCCAAGGGAUUUUGAUACUUGCCAUACUCUCAUAUCUUCAGUCUGCACUUUACAUAGUGGUUGACAACCCUGUCGGCUUCGUUGUUCCCUUUAUAAAUCUUAUCCAGGCUCUACUUUUCAUCGAUCCUAUCAUCCAGAUCUCUUGGAUCUUGGCCAACCUAUCAUUAACCAAGAUUCGUUACGCCCAUUGCUGGACGGCGGAUUUUCUGCGGUUCAUAAUCUUAGUCGUCCUCACCGGCACCCAGCUGACUGAAUUUUUCUAUGCGCCCCGCGGUUUGGCUAUUCUGGUGUUCACGAGCGGCAUCCAGCCGUGGGCCUGGUGCGAGGAUACCGAUCACGUGGAGCCGUGCAGUGUCUUUGACGUCGACGGCAUGUUCUACUAG